AUGAGUAUAUGUAUUGGUAUCAUAUAUAUAUAACCCUGGUGUUUAGGUACAUUUCUCUGUAUGUAAUGUAAAAUAUAUUUAUGCUAUUGUCAUAAGGAACACUAUAGUAAAACAUGUUGUGCAUGCUGGAGUGCAGAUGCAGAGAUGUGCAUGUUUGUCUUCAGAUGAUGGAAAGUAGCUCAGAUUUGCAAUAAACAAGACAACACUUUUCUUCAGAGAUGGACGGUAAUGAUGCCGUUUUCCUUCCGUCUCAACACAGAUGUAGUGUUUGUGAGAGUCUGACUGAACAUGCAGUCCUCUGUCUCCAAUGACCAGACAGUUCAUUAGAGGAUGUGUGGGUGAAAAGGCAUUACAGUCUUUUGAGUUACACAACAAAAUGCGUCACUGUAAAGUGUUUUGUUCGUUCUGUUUUUUCUUCGUUUCUUUCCAGGCUCAUUUUGUCGUUACGGAUCUAUGCCAGUCCUCCGACCGAGCAGAAGAAACCUGGACAGCUACCUUACCACUUCAUCGGCAAACAGUGAUCUUUAUGCUCAUGUGGAAGUUCGUGGAGAAGAUGAGGUGUUUCAGGAAACGCUCCAUGUUCCCCUUCCUCGGCUUCCUCAUCGCCUUCCUCCUCUUCUUCAACCUUUACAUGGACGAUGGAUUUGUGCUGGAAGCUGAAAAGAGGCAGCUGGGAGAGACGCUGAUGCAUCCUUCAACCUCUGAGCGAUACGUCCACACGUUCACAGAUCUGUCCAAUUUCUCCGGGACUAUUAACGUGACGUAUCGCUACCUCGCGGGAAUUCCUUUGCCGCGAAAAAAGUAUCUCACCAUUGGUUUGUCUUCUGUCAAGAGGAAAAAGGGGAACUACCUCCUGGAGACGAUCAAGUCCAUCUUUGAUCAGUCCAGUUACGAGGAGCUCAAAGAGAUCGUGGUCGUGGUCCACCUGGCAGACUUUGACCUGGCCUGGUGUGAGAACCUGGUGCAGGAAAUCACCAGGAAGUUUGCCCACCACAUCAUAGCCGGACGCCUCCUGGUGAUCCAGGCCCCAGAGGAGUACUAUCCGUCUCUGGACGGGCUGAAAAGGAACUAUAACGACCCGGAGGACCGGGUCCGUUUCCGCUCCAAGCAGAACGUGGACUACGCUUUCCUCCUCAACUUCUGCACAAACCUCUCUCACUUCUACAUGAUGCUAGAGGACGACGUGCGCUGCUCCAGGAACUUCCUGACGGCGCUGAAGAAGGUGAUCACCUCCAGGGAAGGUUCCUACUGGGUGAUGCUGGAGUUCUCCAAGCUGGGCUACAUCGGGAAGCUGUACCACUCCAGGGACCUGCCACGUCUGGCUCAUUUCCUCCUCAUGUUCUACCAGGAAAUGCCCUGCGACUGGCUCCUCAUCCACUUCAGGGGUCUGCUGGCCCAGAAGGACGUGAUCCGCUUCAAGCCCUCGCUGUUCCAGCACAUGGGCUACUACUCCUCUUACAAAGGAGCCGAGAACAAGCUGAAGGACGACGACUUCGAGGAAGACUCCAUAGACAUUCCUGACAACCCUCCCGCCAGCAUGUACACAAACAUCAACGUCUUUGAAAACUACGACGCCACCAAGGCGUACAGCACCGUCGAUGAGUAUUUCUGGGGGAAGCCUCCGUGCACGGGAGACUUCUUUCUCAUCAUCUUCAACAAAUCGACGAAAAUCAGCAGAAUUAAAAUUGUGACGGGCACGGAGGACAGACAGAACGACGUCCUUCACCACGGGGCUCUGGAGGUGGGACAGAAGGCCGUGGACACUAAACAGGGAAGACAGUGCGCCUCCUACAUCACGUUAGGGGAGUUUAAAGGCGGCGGCAUCGAGGUCGACAGCGUGGACCACAAGAUCGCCUUCGACAUCGAGUGUGUGCGAGUCGUCGUCACCGCCGGCCAGAAAGAAUGGCUCAUCAUCAGAACUAUCAGUUUAUGGACCACGCAGCCCGUGAGCCAGUUUAAGAAGUAACAGAGCGGGUUUUUAUGUCGCCCGUCUGUCUAUACAGUGUUAUUUUUGGACGCUAGUUCAUUCUGGACUACUUCUGGGAAGUUUGUGUUCAUGGGAUUCAAAGCAAUCCAUAUUUUCUUGGGUUGUUUUCAAUGUGAAUGUGUAUUAAAAUGACAGAUUCUGUACAGUAUGGAGCCUUUAUACCGUUGUUCUUUUUCCUAAAUCUCUGUAUAAAAUUGUUCCUACA